GUCGGAAGAGGAUAUACGCAAUCCAGUUUCUCAUGUGUCAUCGUCGUCAAGGGGAUAGGAGAUUCAUUUCAGGACCAUAAUCCCUCUGAUCAUGAGCAAGAUCAUUAGGAUCUCCCCUCUUUUGCUUCUUCUGGUCUUCGUCGCCGUUCACGAGAGCGAUGGUUUGGCGAGCCGGUGUUGGCAGUUUACUUGGCCGGGUCAGUACAAUCUGAACACUCUGAACGGGACGGCCAAGUGUAAUCCCGCGGACAUAGGGACAGAGGAAAACAGUGGUGGUGGUGGGUCAGAGGGAGAUGGGGGCAGCGACGGAAGCAAAAGCGGAAGUGGAAGGGCGGAAGAUGACGAUACAACCAUCAUCGUCAAUGGAACGGAGCCGGAUAUAGAUGCUAUGAAGAACAUGCUUUUGUCCGGUACCCUCACAGAUGAUACGAAUUGCGCUCUGGUGACGGGGCAAAUGUGCAUCAGUUGGACUCACUAUGACACAAGCGGUUCGAAAACCGCUAUGACAAAGUUUUGUGGGAGGGCUCAACAGACGAACCCGACGACACAAGCCCUUGGACCAGGAUGCCAUACCCAAAACGUGGGGACAUUCACACGAGAAGUCUGCAUUUGUGACGACAGCGACUUUUGCAAUAAUUCUCCCGAUACCAGGCCUCUGUUCGUCGUUUUUACCUCAUCCCUCAUCCUCGUCCUUUCUCGGCUCCUCUGCUUCUCAUAAAGUCAUUUUUCCUUCUGUAUUUACGAUUUCAUGUGUCCCAGAUUCAGACCGCAGUCCUGUAUCAAUACUCUAAUACUCUCUUCUAUGUAUUAAUCUAUAUGAAAGGAUCUAUACAUAGGUUGCAAUGCAGCGCAUCUGUGAUAUCAGUGAAACUGCAUUCAGCAUUCGGCAUUUCCCCUAAGAAUCAAUUAAAUUGUGACUCCAUGCUGAGAUAUAAAAAAGAAUGUUCAGUGUAACAUAGGCUGAAAAACAACCAAAAUGCCAAUGCAAAAACUAGUACCCAUUCGAAAGGUCUAUGCAGACAUGAAAGUAAAAGGAAUACACAUGUUCCCACGAGGGAAAAACACUAUGGUUAUUAUCCUUUAUUCAACUCCAUGGAUCUCUGUCAAGGCACAUUAUCAGAAAUGCACAUCUUUGGAUGAACAAACAAGAAAACCAUCUGCAAUAGAUCUCUUAUGACCCUUUCAAUUCCAUUUGUAUUUAUUCUCCACGUAUAUACAGGGUGAGUCAAAAGUCCUGUCCCAUCGACAAACACGUAUAACUUCGCCAAAAUGCAAAAUAUAUUCAAUCUUUCUAAUCACAAGUAACA